CAGUUCGACUGUAGUUGGCUUCGGUCGCUACAAUGUGGCUGUAUUCCUUGCUGGAACUUGAUCUCAAGAGUCUGGUGCUGUUUCUCUUCGCCUAUCUUCUGAUCACGGAUUUUCUCAAGCAGAGAAAACCAUCUGGUUUCCCUCCCGGGCCGCGGGGGCUACCUUUCGUAGGGAGUGUUUUCAGCUUGGACCCAAAAUUGCCACAUAUUUACUUGACCAGGCUGGCUGAAGUCUUCGGUAAUGUGUACAGUAUCCGUCUGGGCAGAGAAAAGAUGGUGUGUGUUGUUGGGUAUGAAACAGUCAAAGAAGCAUUGGUCACUCAAGCGGACUGCUUUGUGAGUCGACCUCCAUCCAGUCUCGCUGAGAGAAUUUACUCAGGAAAUGGCUUGUUCCUUAGCAGUGGUAUCUUGUGGAAGAAACAGAGGAGGUUUGCUCUCUCUACUCUGAGGAACUUUGGAAUGGGGAAGACGUCCCUAGAGUCAUUCAUCAUUGAGGAGAGCAGAUUCCUCCAAGAAGAGAUAGAGUGUGAGAAAGGUAAUCCUUUCAACCCUCACAUUCUUCUAAACAAGGCUGUCUCCAACAUCAUCUGCAUCCUGGUCUUUGGACGCAGGUUUGACUAUGCUGACCAUGAGUUUGAAACAUUGCUGAAGUUGCUAGCUGAAAUUCUGUAUCUGGAAGGAACCAUAUGGGCCCUGCUAUAUGAAUCUUUUCCUAAGGUGAUGAAGGUGCUUCCUGGACCACACAACAGAAUCUUUGGUAACUAUGAUCGGCUUUCAGACUUUCUGGUGGAGGAUCUGAAGAGACGCAAUGCUGAGAGGGACCCGUCUGGCCCACGAGACUACAUUGAUUCAUUCCUGGCAGAAAUGGAAAAGAAUGCAGAAGAUCCUGCCUUGGGCUUUCACCAGAAAAACCUGAUCUUGUGUGCCCUGGACCUUUUUUUAGCUGGGACUGAGACCACGUCCACCACACUGCGCUGGGCUCUGCUUUUCAUGAUCAAAUACCCUCACAUACAGAGUAAGGUGCAAGAUGAGAUAGAUCGAGUGAUUGGACCGUCACGCCCUCCCUCUAUGACAGACAGAGCCAGCAUGCCCUACACCAACGCUGUAGUCCAUGAGGUGCAGAGGAAGGGGAAUAUUCUGCCCCUUGGUGUGCCCCAUAUGGCUGACAGGGACACUAGCCUUGGGGGAUACUUCAUCCCGAAGGGCACACCACUGAUAGUGAAUCUGCACUCAGUGUUGUUUGACGAGAAGGAGUGGCACAUGCCUGACAUCUUCGAUCCUGAACGCUUCCUGGAUUCCAAUGGAAACUUUGCGAAAAAGGAUGCAUUCCUGCCCUUCUCAGCAGGAAAAAGGGUAUGCCUGGGGGAGCAGCUGGCACGGGCAGAGUUGUUCCUGUUCUUAACCUGCUUUCUGCAGAAAUUCAGCUUCUCCCCUCCCCCGGGGGUAGAGCCCAGCUUGGAGCCGGAGGGUGGGGGCACGAUGGCACCAAUUCCCUUUAAGAUCUGCGCCCACCCUCGCUGACCACGCCUUUAAAAUGAACU